AUGAAUACCGCCAAAGAGGCUUGCCAGAAAGUGAGCGUCUCUUGCCUUCUGCAGGCGUACAUACCUACCGUCCAAAGAGAGGGACGCACAUAGCGCACAGCGGGUCAGGUUUGUGACUCGGAGCAGUCGGAAUGGGCGGCGGCACACGAGGGGCAGGGGGCGAGUGAAAGGGUGGUCGCACAAAGCGCACACAGGCGGGGUAAGGGGCCAGAAUGCCGAGGGAAGGCGUGAAAGCCGAGAAACGUAGAAAAAAAGGUAGGGUUUCCGGGGUUGUCUCGGAUUUCAAUUCUCGCCGCGCGAUCUCGCCUGGUCUCGCCGUAGCUCCGUCAGCCCUGUCACGUAUCCCGUGGGGGACCCUAAGUGGCCGAUUGCGCACGUCGUUUUUCACGAAGACGAUGGGUCGUUUGGCCUUGCUGCCAUCCUGCUGGUCGGCUUCGUAGCCGUUGUGGCAUCCCAGCGCACCAGCGACCGACGUAAGCAGAGGGGGGACGCACAGGCGCCGAACUGACCGUGCACCAAUGCAGCACCGUGGCAGAUCUCCCCAUAUAUGCCCAAACUGAGUGUUUUCUCUGCUCUUUGUGCAUACGGAUGGCUGGAUGGCUAAUCUAUGGCUGCAGAGGUGUCGGUGGCUGCUCAUGAGCACGGUAGGUGUUCUUGCCGGCGCCGGAUCCUUCAUCCGACUGAAGUGCAUCCAGCGCAUCGCAUACAUAUGUAUGUCUGUUGUUCCCGUCUUCUUUCUUGCAGGUGGGGAGAUGUCACUGGCCAUGGUCCAGCUGGACCCAGCUCUGGAGCAGGCCAAGAGCACCCUCACGGCCGCUCGUGAUCUGAUCACCGCGGCCAUCAACACCAUCGACACGGCCCACCGGACCAUCAUCUCAAAACCAGGUCAGCUCGGUCACAUGGCACGUAUACCCCCUGGCCACAUUUGGGGGUGUGUGUGUAUGCGUGUGUGUGUGUGUAUGUGUGUGUGUGUAUGUGUGCAAAAGGGGCUUCAUGCGGUUACGACAAUUUCGGCGACAAAUCCGGUGCCGGCGUGACUCUCUGCGGCGGCGAGGACGAAGUGUGUCUCAUUGAUGAGGCGACUUCGUUCUCAGGUUAUGGCGAGUGCAUCAAGGAGAGCGAGGUAAAGGGAAAGCACGCGCCCUGCGGCGGGGAGAAGGGAAUCUGGAAGAAGUGGGGGGGCAAGUUCCUCUGCAGCUAGCUGAUAGGCUGGAUCGAGCUCGAUAGUAGGGUGGGGCUGAGUGGGGUGGGGCUCGUGGGAUCACUCCACCUGUCUGUCUGCCUGUCUGCAUGAUGGAUGGGUUUUAAAUGACGUGUGCUCUAUGUGUGUGUGUCUCUUUGUGGUGUGACGUGUUGUGUUCUGCCGCUCUCCUUCUUUUCCGGUGAGUAUAGACAGCACAGAGGAGACUGGAUGGAUGGAUGGAUGGCCUGUCUGUCUGCUUGCGUGAAUCGGCGGUAGGGGGGCUGUCGCCGUACACGUCACAUCAGAGAGAGGGACGGUCGUGUGUCGCGAUCUAUACCGGCCGGUGUGUAUAUCUGCGUGGGUACAUAAUCGUGAGGGACGCACAGACGCAUCAAUCAAUUACUGGUGGAAGAAGGUUUACAAAG